AUGCCGACAGUAUCUGUGUAUAUUCUUGAUCCUCCAUUCCCUCUCAGCACAGAAACUUCUAUCCCUUUCUGGGUCUCAUUUCCAGGCCCAAUUCACGAUGGACCAUACACUGGUAUACAUCCCUCUGCCAGUCCCUCACAUAUCCUUGCUGAUUCGUCUAUUUUCCCAGUCUGCAUGAUCAUCAUGCUGCGUCCCCCCAUUCAUAAAAUAGAACAAGCAAAACUUGCAGCGAGUCAAGAGAGACACCGACAUCAUUACGAAAAAGAUGGUAUAUUGAAAAGGCGAGGAGAGCUUUGCCUCACAAAGCCAUUGCAGGAGGUACAGGAGAUUCAAAGAGCACUUGCUGUAGCCUUGGGCUAUGAUGAAGAUCCAUCUGAGCUGGAGACAAGUGAUGAUGAGAAUGACACACUAUCACUAGAUCUCCCAUUGUGCCUGCUCACUUUCAAAAGCAUCAAGGACAAGAUGUUGGUGCUAAUUAAAAAACCCUGCACAUUUACAGAGAGUCUCCUCCUUCAGUACGUCAAAAGCUUGCCAGAUGAAGUGCAUGGCAAGGGCAACACCUCAAUCAUUCAAAAUGCGAAAACCAAGGUCAAAUGCUUACUCCGCCGUGCAACUCAAGUGCAGGAUCAAAUCAUUAUUUUCUGUGGAGUCUCAACCAAGUCUCGCGCUACUGAAUCAGUCUCCCGGUUCUCAAGCACUACACUUGCUUAUAUAGAUGAUGUCCAGUAUUUUUUGGACAUUGAAGGACUCACUGAGUUGACGGUUGCUCACUCAAUGGGAGAGCUGAUGUACCAGAAGGGUAUCCAUAUUUAA